CGCGCAUCAUUAAAACGCGUCAGCGUUAGCCACGGCUAGCUGGCUAGCUACAGUAACAGUGCACCCUCAACUUAAAUACACAUUACAUUCAUUGUCCAAAUGUUAUACACGCAUUGCCUACAGCUGUGCUGUUUCCACACUCGCCCACUCUCGAGUUUUUCCUCCGCGUCUCUGACAGCCGUCGACGAUGAAUUGGGUCGGGGGCUCGAGGAGCCGGCUGGUGACGAAGGACGAUGCUAAAAAGCAGAGGGAGUUCUUUGAAAAGAGAAAAAUGCAAAAGAAGCUGAAGAACCUGGGGCUAGCUCUGCCGGCAUCCCCCGGGGGAGCCGGCGCUGCGGCCACCGGCAGCGUGGACCUGGUGACCUUGUUCAUAGUCAACCAGAUCGCUACCAAGAAGGAAAAUAAAGAUCUUCCUAAAGUUGCAGUUCUCGGCAGCGGCAGGAGAGGAUCCAACAGACAGAACAACCCCCUGGUUCUCCCGAUGAGCCCCUGUUCCCCGUCACAGCUGAGUCUGGUCGAGAGCCAGCCUCAGUACAGUGUUCACGGAAUGACAAAGAGCAGGCACGUUAUUCCACAAGGGUUCAGGUGUCAACAGUUGUCACCGGUGCUGGAGUCACCUUUCUCCGACAACAGCGCGUCCGACUACCCGCCGCCCACAUUCGCCCGCCUCAGCCCCUUCUCCUCCAUGUCGUCCGCCUCCUCGUGCCAAGGUGGUGUGUUCCCCCUGAAGUUGAGUCGUCGGCAGCUUCCUCCUCGCUGCUCCCCUCCGCCCUGGGUCACCUCCGGGAUGAGGCACGUCCAGUUCCAACCUUUCUCCCAGCCCAGAGGGAUGACAGACAAUCUGCCCUGGUCCUGUGGAUCCGACCCAGCGCUCUACCAACAGGAGACGCCCACGGCGGCGCAAGUCCUGUUCGGGAGUCCAGAACCAGACGUGUCAGACGUAAGAGUCCGCGACGUCAGCUUCUCCCUUGAUCAAACGGAGGACAAGGAGUCGGCGUUGGACUUCACGCUGCACCAGUCGGACGCCGAGCAGCAUUUUGAGGAGGACGUCUUCAGGGGCUUCAGUAACGAAGACGACGAAAAAGAAGCUUUUCAUUUUGGGAGUGCAAGGUCCAAGAUAUACCUCAGAGAUGGAACACCAGUCAAAUCCUCAGCACCGCAAACUGUCCCUGACUUACAUUGUGUGGGAAUGGAGCUCUCCAACUGCAGUGACAAAAACUUCUCAUAUCCUGGACACAACAGUGGCCACGUGGAAAACUGCGGGUAUUCACAGAGUUACUCCUGUGCGGGAUGUUACCUCAGCUCAGACUCAAACGAUGAAGAAGAAUACUGCCCGCCAUGCCUCCAGGCUUCUGCAUCUUCACACGCGGAGCAAGCCUGUUGCGCACAUGCCUCGAACCAGGGCUCAAAGGGGGAGCCAGAACACGGGCCUCUCACCCCACACAUAAAACCCCAAAUGAACGUCAAAGUUGAUGAGACGGUUACGAAUAACGCGGCGGACAAAGCCUCAGGAAGCGGCGGCCGACGGCUACGAAGCGGCACGGCUCAGUCUGCAUCUAUUCGCCCUCCGGUUCAAACUCUGACCUCAGAGAUCUUCGAAUGCAGAACACUCUCCGGUGAAACCAGAGACGCCGGGACCCAAACCGUCGCCUGGGAACGGUGCGAUGCCUCGACUCAGUGCGGCUUCCUCAUCGGGUCCGCAGCCCCCGGGUUCAGCAUCGGCCUUCCACCUGUUGGCGUGUCGGUGCAAUGUCUCGCCACCGGGAGGCAGACGGACACUGCCGCUGCCUCCGCAGAGCCGAGCACACACACUGCAGCCGCAACAGGCAACGGCGGAGGGAAGCAUACGCCCUGGAGCAGGAAGAAACCCGAGGCUGGUUCCCCACCGGGCGGCUGUGGCUUCGUGACCAAAUUCUCUGCCAACAACGACGAUAGCAAAGUGUCCCCAGAGACACACGGCGGCCGCUUCCCGGAGGCUCUGAGCUCGACCGCUGGCAGAGGUAUAGGUGAAGAGGGCAGAGGUGAGAGAGGGCGACGUGAAUCAGACACAGGGACCGGAGAGCUCUGAGGGAGAGCGUGAGGGCGGAGGUCACGUCUGCCACCGGAGGGAACAGACCCCCAGAGGAUAUUUUGCUCCUGGUCAAGCAGAGGAAGAAUUAAGGGACGAUAAUCAUCGACCGAAGGAAGCUCGAAGGAUGGAGGCAGUGGAAAUUUAAAAAAAAAAAUAUAUAUAUAUAUAUAGUAUAUGCCUGUUCUGUUCAUGUGUUUAACUUCAAAUGAUCAUUUAACUCAUUUGUAUUAAGCUGUAAAACCAUCAAAAAUGCAGCAUCUGUUCUUUAAAUAAACCCCAAAGCCUUUUCUCUGA